AUGAUGGAUUCGAGAGGAGCUCACCCCUGCAGAGCAGCAGAGAGGAGUAUCGGUCUGGGUAUCGUCCCAACGACUGGCAGCGCUACUACUGGUGCGAGAGGUACAGGGGCUUCAGGAGCUACUGCUACUACUGGUGGUGGUACAAUGGGCACUACUACUACAACUUCUGCCCGGGGGGUAGGUGCUCCAGGGGGGAGAGGCGCCGCCCCUUCCACUGAUCCGCCCCGGCCACCCGCCAAUCUUACAUGUACACCUGUGUAUGUCAGUCGCAGACUGCGUCAUCCACCACCCCGUCAUGCCACCUUCCCUCCGAAUAAUUAA